UCAGUCAGUCUGAGGCAGGCAGACCGUGUGCCACCACCACCAUUUGACCACUUCAGCACUCCUCCUCCACGUUAAACCCCAGCUCCGCCACAAAACCAACACCCCAAAACCCAGCAAACAUGGACAACAUCUAUGACACAGUAAAAGAGGGAAGUGUGCAUGAAGAGCGCAGUGAUGGAGCUGACAGCCCCGACCGAGAGCCCGUGUAUGAGAACUCAGGUGAGGCCAAGGAGCAGCUGUACAGCGAGGUGCAGGUCCACGCCCUUGCGGAGGUAGGGCGCAGCUCGCCGGACUACAUGGAGAUCAGAGACGGGGACAAACGAAGCUCCUCGUCCUCUUCAUCCAGCGAUGAUGAAGAGGAAAAAGCAGAGGAGGUGAAGGCAGUGGUGGAGCCGGAGCCGGAGCCAGAGCCGGAGCCAGCGGUUGAGGUGAAGGUGGAGGAGGUGAACGGCGAGGCGCACGAAGGAUCCAGGCGCUCAUCGGCCUCUUCAGCAUCCUCCGCGUCCCCCGAAGACCCGUGCGACGACCCGCCGAGGAUCCAGGAAGAGGAUAACGCGGUGGAUGGGAUGCUGAUGGCCUACACCCACCCAGACACCGACUUCAAGCCGGAAGAGUCUGUCGAGUACAGCCUGAAAACUCUGGAGAAUGUCAGUCUGGAUGAGAGCAGCGCUGCACCGGCUGAUCCCAGCCAGCAUGACAUCUCUCUGUUCGUCAAGGCAGGCAACGAUGGCGAAAGCAUCGGCAACUGUCCCUUCUCUCAGCGUCUCUUCAUGAUUCUCUGGCUUAAAGGGGUCGUGUUCAACGUCACCACCGUCGACCUCAAAAGAAAGCCAGCAGAUCUGCACAACCUGGCUCCGGGCACACACCCUCCUUUCCUGACCUUCAACGGAGAGGUCAAGACCGAUAUCAACAAAAUCGAGGAGUUCCUGGAGGAAACGCUUUGUCCUCCCAAGUAUCCCAAACUGGCCGCCAAGCAGAGAGAGUCGAACACAGCUGGAAAUGACAUCUUCGCCAAGUUCUCAGCCUACAUCAAGAACACCAAACCAGAGGCCAACGCCGUUCUAGAGAAAGGUUUGACCAGGGCCCUGAAGAAGCUGGACGACUACCUGAACAGCCCCUUGACAGACGAGAUCGAUGCAGACAGCAUGGAGGAAGAGAAGGGCUCCAACCGAUGCUUCCUCGAUGGAAACGAACUCACUCUGGCAGACUGCAACCUGCUGCCUAAACUGCAUAUAGUCAAGGUUGUUGCUAAGAAGUACCGCAACUACGACAUCCCCUCAGACAUGACGGGCGUGUGGCGGUACCUGAAGAACGCCUACACACGUGAUGAAUUCACCAACACCUGCGCUGCUGACUCUGAGAUCGAGACCGCCUACAAAGAUGUGGCGAGGAGACUGGCCAAGUAACUCGCCAACUGACCUGACCUCUAACAAAAUAAACUAGUAACACAACACAAAAAACCCCACAUCACUUUUAAACAUACAUGUGACUGUCCUUUUGUCAUAGUAAACAGGUCAGAUGUUGCAGAUGUCUGUGUGUUAGGUUGGCUUAUACCGCUUUACAGCUCCUGAUGUGAUGGAUUUCAGAGAUUCAGUACAUUAUGUAUACGGUGUUGCAAUUAGGCCUCCAGAAACAGACAUGGCAAAAGAGAAGUGGAGCAGACAAUAAAUCAAGCACAUUUAACGUGAUUCACAGGUUUCAAACCAGAUUCAAAUUUUGCUGCUGUGAAACUUCUGACAAAACACUCAAACAUGAUUGUGUCUGUCUCUAUUUAUUUCUCAUAACACAAAGCUCUCUUUCAUACAUACUCCACCGGUCCACAUGGCCAAACAUUUUACUAGCUGCUGAUGUAAGGGUCGUUCACUUUAUUUAUUUCUAAGCCCACAGAAGUCUAGUCUGACUCCAGUGUUUAUCAUCAAGCUUUGGCUCCUGGGGAGACACCUUGAUUCAUCUAUGAUUGAUGAUUGACGCUAAUCAUUUGCCGAAUAUGACUGUCGUGAUCUGCAGGUUAAUUUUGAUUGUCACUGAUUACUGUAGGUGAUGCUGUAGCUGUUUUGUUUCCCUGAGCUUAUACACAUCUUGAAAUUCACUCCUGCUUCUGAAAGAUUGAUUUAAAGAAAGAUUGAUUUAAAAUUUAAAGUUUAUAUGCUCAAUGAUGUUAGUUGGAAAAAACAAGAUUUAGCUGACAGGGGCAUUAGAACAAAGCUUGUUUCUGAAUUGCAUGCAUGAAUCUGUUUUAAAUUGUAACCUUUAAAACCUGAUAUAGAGCCACUUUUUAAGAUAUAAAAAUUCCUCAUGUGCCUUUAUUUGGGAGUAUCAAAAAUCCAUGCCAAUGUCAGUGAUGGACUCAUUCUGAAAAAUGUACUGCAGCCAGAGCUGAGACAUUUGUUCUGCCUCGAGCUAUUAGUGUUCAGUGUAGGUAUUGAUUUUGUCUUAAGUUACACAUGAUAUUAUGAAUGGAGAGAGUAUUUAUUUAGCAGCCCCAAUCAGGCCUGAUUAGGUAGAGCCAUUAGUGCUGCGAUGAAAAGCGUCUUCCAGGCCAGGUCCACAAUGGUCAGGAGCCCUGCCCUCCAGCCCUUCAUCAAAGAGACAUUUCCUCCGCUCUGAGGAGUCCAUCAACAUCCGCAGCCUAAAGUUCAAGUUCAAAAGUUCCAUUGUCCACGCAAAGGAGGAUGGAAAUUUGUCUUGGGGCUUAUCGUCUUUGGCUUGCUGUCAGGCUGCAACUAUAGCGAGACUUCCUUGAAGAACCAUAAGGCUCUUGUGUGGUUUGGACAAACAUAUGAUAUGAAAUUGGAGCAUGAUGACUGAGAGCCAUGCUCAUUGCGAAGCUCUACAAAUAAAAUAAUAUU